UAUAUUCUGCGGCGGCACGAGAGAUGAGGGCAGGCACAUGGGGUGGUUAAAAAAAGCAUCUAGGAAACUAGUUACUGCAGUGGCGAUGACACACCCGCGCACGUUAGCUUCACCACCACCAACAACUUUACCUAUCCACAUUCUUAACUACAAAACCCCACACUUGCACUCCUCCACUCUCUCUCCCCAUCUUAACCUGCGCCCUCCUCCGCGCCUAACCUACGCACCCCCUCCCAGCUCCUCCGCCGCAUCAAAAACAAUGUCCACCGAAGCAGCGCUGGAUCACGACACUCUAUUGAAGCAGAAACGGAUCCUCCGGACCAAAGUCAAGUCGGAUCUCAAGUCCAUGGACCCGGCCCAAAGGGCGCAAGAAGAUAUUGCGAUUCAAAAGAUUGUUCUGGAAGCUCCGUGGUACAAGUCUUGUAAGGGAUUAUGUGCCUAUAUAAGCUGUAGUUCGUUACGCGAGGUUGAUACGUCCAAUUUGUUAUCGGACGUUCUUCAAACGACUAAUCAAGAUGGUCAUUCACUGAUGGGAAGAAAGCUCUAUGUUCCAAGAGUGGAGGAUAAGAAUAGACACAUGAGGAUGCUUAAAAUCUCAAGUGUCGAUGAUCUUAUUGCAAAUUCAAUGAACAUUUUAGAACCAAAUCCAGUAGAUGCUGAUGGAAAUGAACGCGAAGAUGUUAUGCUGGCAAAUGACCCUGUUGACAUGUUUAUAUUGCCUGGACUGGCAUUCGACAAAUCAGGAAGAAGAUUGGGACGUGGUGGAGGUUACUAUGAUACCUUGCUGAUGAAUUACCAAAACCUUGCAAAGGAGCGCGGGUGGAAGCAACCUCUUCUAAUUGCACUGUCAUAUUCAGUCCAGAUCCUGGAUGAGAAUGUAAUACCAGUUGCUCCUUAUGACAUUCCUAUUGACGCCCUUGUAUCGCCUUCUGGUCUGAUACUAAUUAGACAGACUGCUUUCGAGAGAUGCCAGUGAAUAAAAGCAUGUAUGCCCCUGAAAAGAUGUCAACUAUUGAUAACUAGUAUCACAUUGUCACUUGCCUUUCGCAGUUCACACUAUUAGCAUUUCCAUAAAAAUCAUAAACUUGUAGUGUUGUGUUUCUUUUAGCAUUAUAAGAGGUGUACUCUAACUUUUACAUGAUUAUAUUAUUGAAAAAAGUUGACCAUAGUUAAAAA